GAUGCUACCUUUCUCUGUUUUUUCUGAUAAGCUCUACCUCCCUCUGUUUGUCAAACCCUUUUGCUCAAUUUCAAAAUUUGCAAUCUUUCUUUGACCCAUAACUCCCUAAUAACACCAAAAACUACUACCCAUAUAACUACAUCUCUAUCUCAACCCCCCCCAUGUCAUGUGGUCAGAGAUCCCAACGCUAGGGGAACCAAAAAGGGUACCGACCAAAGAGAGUUGAGAUUGUACUUGUUUUUGUUUCCUUAGGGGGGGGUAAACAACAAUGGGAAACAGCUUAGGACGGGGAAAGACCGCGAAAGUCAUGAAGAUAAAUGGCGAGACGAUCAAGUUGAAGGCGCCGGUGAAAGCCGGCGAUGUAGUGAAGGACUAUCCGGGGCACGUCUUGUUAGAGUCGGAGGCGGUGAAGCAUUUCGGUGUCAGGGCCAAGCCCUUGGAACCGUGGCAUGAUUUGAAGCCGAGGAGGCUCUAUUUCGUGGUGGAAUUGCCCAGUUUUCAAGAGGAGAAGGGCCCGAGGAGGGUCCGGUCGGGGAUCAACAUGACAGCCAAGGACAGGCUGGAGAGCCUCAUGCUCUCGAGGAGAUCGGUUUCCGACCUUUCGGGCAUGAGGAGAAUCGGGAUCGAGGAGUCGAAUAAAGCUGGGGAGGAAGCAGGGGCAAUGAGGGUGAAAAUGAGGCUUCCCAAGGCGGAGGUGGAUAAGCUGAUGAAAGAGAGUAGGGACGAGGCCGAGGCGGCCGAGAAAAUCGUUGGGUUUUGCUUGGCAAACAAGGCGGCGGGCGGCGGUGAGGGAUCGUUGUUGCACCACCAGCAAUCGCAUCGGAAAGGUGGUUUCAAGGCCCGUGAGAAGCGCGUGGGUUUCAUGCCGGUCAACGAAGGAGAAAUCCAGUUAGCGGUAUCUUGAAAAGGCCAAAUCAUGAUCACCAUUAUUAAGUACUUUCCGACUUUAAUACAGUAGUGGAGUAGUAUUGGAGUAGAAGAGACUCCAAUCUCAAUGGCUCUCGAUCACAUGAUCUCUCCUCUCCUUUAUGGAAUCUGGAUUACCAACAGAUGGAGUUGUUCUAGGCAAAUUACGUGAUGCGUACAUGUACUCCUUAACUAUGUUUGUACAUGGAGGUUAAUUUUGAGAUGAUGAGAGUUAUAUGUGAAAUAGCUUUUAAUUUCUUGAUUAAUGUGAUUAGCUUUCUCUAAA